ACCCUUUUUUGAGCAUUUUUAUUUUUUUCAACAGUUUCUGUUAUAAAUUUAUUGAUAGCAGAGAUUACGAUAUUGAUUUCACAGGCAGGUUCUAGGGUUUGCUAGGUCAUUGCCGGUUGGCUGGAGAGUUGUUCAGCGCAAUCUACCCACCGAAUGGAUGAUCGCGCGAACCAGCCAGCUAAGGUCACUGAUCGCGAUCCAGAUGGCCAGAUAUGUGUGAACAAACAGGCGUCAUGUUGACUCAGUCAGUUGGCUACCGAGUCCGCCUCCUACUUCUACUUUUUGCACUAGGCAGAAGAAAUAACACCCUUCUACUAGGAUGUGAAUCCGCAGAGUCUGUUCUGGUUGGGAGAUGGUGCAUCACUUGGGCAUGCUUGGCUGGCUCAUUGAAGUACAUAUAACUGGACAAAAACUGAUGAGCCAUACACCUGCCAGAGCGCAUUGCUAGUCACGAUGCUUACAUUUUGUGGGAAACAACCUGCAGUUUUUGCAAGAGAGCACGGAGAACUAUGUUACAUGUAGCCAAGUGUGUUGUGUGAAGCUAUAUGUUCAUGUGUACACAUGCAUACAUUGGGUCAACUGCUACAUUUGAAUGUACAUAAUUAUGAACAGUGCCCUCUGUUGUCAGCCAUGCCAGCCAGGCCAGGCCACAUCACUGCAGCGGUGGUGGUGACAUUGUUAGCAUUGCUGCUGGUUGCGCCUACCUCCUCGACCAGGGACCGCCACCAACGUCGUCACACGCUCAGGGUGGCGACAUACAACAUAUGGAACGUCAUGUUCAACUGGGAGGUCAGGAAACAUCACAUUGCAGCCUUGAUUCAUGCAGCUGACGUGGAUGUUGUCGGAUUUCAGGAGGUGCGUGCCGACAGAGAUGAGCAGCGAACCCAGCUGUCAGAGCUGAAGGCGUUGCUUCCAUUGUACAAGUGGCACGUCUACCUGCCAGUGCAGAAGGUCAUUCCAUUCAAAGGAGCUCCUGCAGGAUGGGAACUGGAAGGUCUGGGUAUCCUGAGCCGUCACCCCAUCACUGCCACCAACCCACAACCUCUCACGCACCAAUCGCCCAAGGACAAGAACCAGCGCACCGUCCUGCACGCCUCGCUGCACCUCCACUCCGGCCUGAACGUGAGCCUCGCCGUGGCCCACCUGUCAUACGACCGCUGGCAGCAGUGUGUCAACGUGGCUGAAAUCAUGAAACAUGUACGGGCAGCCAGGCCCAGAAAUUCCAUCAUUAUUGGGGACUUUAAUACCUACGCUGACUAUCCAUGGCCUCUGGGGGGCCUCCUUCACGGGUACUUUUCUACCAGCAACAAAUGCCCAAAAUACGCUGCGCAAAAGAAUCCCACCCUGGAGGCGGAUCUUGUCUCGUACACGGACGCGUGGGCGGAGGUAAACCCAAACAAGAAUGGGUACACCUUCAGUAAUAUGCCACAGCCCGGCUUCCAGAGUCGGCCGGAUCGAAUCCUCUUCUCCAAGUCCUGGCGAGUACACUCCUGCUGGCUGGUCGGCCGUGGCGAGGAGUACGCCUCCUCGUACACUUUACACAUCACCUGGACCCGGUUGCUCGCUCUCUUGGCGGCCGCUGAGGAUGCCUUCUACUCUGCCUCCAGAUCCCGGAGCUGCCUGCAUGACUGCGGGCCCCACGGUUCCUGCAGAUGCGGCGUGUGCGUUGCGGGCGGUGACAAGAACCGCUGUGAGACCCCAAACUGCCCGGAGUGUUCAGCUGAUGUCUACCGUAACUACCUGAUAGUCAAAGCACUGUUUUUGUGCAUAGCUGGACAAUUCUUAGUCUCUCUCGUGCUUUUUGUGUUACAGUGGAGAACCAGGUGGAAACACGUACUUGUACGUGCACCCUCCUCCAGGUGUUCGUCGGUCAGGUCUUGGUGCUCGUUAAGUGACCGACAGUCAGCAUCACCCAAAGUACCACAUUCUAGACUCAGCAUCCUGCGCUUGUUGAGAUUUGUCUGGCCUGUGUUGUCCUUGCGACCCGUCUACCAGCUUUUCGUCUGCUGCUUGUGCUGUGUGCUCCUGUUUAUUCUGUGCCUCCAUUUAUUUGAGGAGUCCCUGCGUGUUGUUUACGCUAUCUUGCCUGAGGAGCUGAACCCAUCUGACCAUCUGAUGGUGGUGGCUACAGCCGUUGCCUCAUAGAAGCAAUUAAAGUACGUUUGACACCAUGUAGCUGCUAAGCUGCAGAAUCUGCCAAGCAGGUAGUUGCUUAGCCAAAGCCUACUAUCAGCUGAAAGUCCUUCCUAACUCCUUUUGUUGCCGAUCAGUGCUUUCUGUUAGCAGUUUUUGUUCUUGCUAGCCUGUUUGGGGAGCCAUACUGGUGUAGUGGUACAUCUUCCUUGUCAAUCACCUCUGCAGCCCGAGUUCAAAUCCUGCUGAAGCCAACAUAUGGAUUGGUUUUUAGUCCCUGAAUCCCAAGUGUUUUACCCAGAAUGUUUUUCUGGAUUUUUUUUCUGGCACCUCUGAAAAUGUAACUGCUUGUCACUGCCUCAUCUCUAGCUCUAAUAAUACUGAUAUUAGAGCAUUUAUGAGGUACACAGUACUGUCAAUCAAGGGGGUUAAUAUACAUGUUUUAUUAUGGCUGCUAUAACAUUCCUUAGACCGUCUCAGCUUCGUUGGAAAUAUUCUAGCCCUCGUGAGUACCCAUUAAUUCCUGGCUGAGGGGAGGCACGUAGGGGUCACAACAUGCAACCAUCUGCUAGAAUUCAAACCGAUGACCGUCUAAUCGGAAGCUGAAAACCCUAACCACUUGGCCACAUGUUCCCAUCUCUCCAAGUUUCUUCAGGCUUUCGAGCUAAAGUGCCUAAGGCACUUUGGGGAAUCUUUGGUUUCUUUAUACCAAAAAUACUUAAUUACAAUUGUUAAAAUGAGAACUGGUAGUGCCCCACUUUUUGUGCAAUAUUAAAGUCAUCUGUUUAUUCCUGAAUUAUACAUAAUUAUGAUGUAUAUUUGUGCAAUUUGCAUAUCAAGGUAUUUAAGUCUUUCGUUUAACAACUCAUUAUCACCGCAUUAUUAUUGCCCAACUGUGGAGAAAAUCGUGAAAUUCUUUUGCCACGUUUGGAAUGACAUUAUUUGUGUGAAGGUUUGCCAUGAAUAUUUUUUCCAUUGAUUUUUGAAUUUUUAGUGAAGUUGCCACCAAAGGUUAAACUGUUUCGAAUCUUGAACUUUCUCUGCCUCUCAAAUUUGCGGUCUAAUUCAAACUUGCCAAGAAAUUAUUUGCAUUGUGACGAGUUAUAUUGAAAGAAGCAUUAUUGUAUGAAGUAUGCCAGUCUCAAACCUAUGGUGUCUCAAUUGUGACAUGAGGUUGCCAAAAUUCUUGUGCCGCUGUGUAAUACUAAGACAUGUCCGUCAGUGUUCAUCUGACUGAGGAAAAUUGAAAUAGAAAAUUGAAAUGUUAAUAGACACUCAAGUUCAACCUUUUUGACCAUUUUAUGUUUUAUUUCAUGCAGUAUUUAUUGAUUUAUACCCAUAAUUUUCAUGUCCUUGUAAAACGCUAUAAAAAGUUAUGUAGUUGCGUAUUUCUUUUCCUCCAUGACAUUUCCAGCUGAGGUGUCUUUUUUCAUUUUGCAUCCAUUUUAUUACAUACGAUGACAUGAUUAUUUUCAUCACUUUA